GCUGCCUCUGUAAGCUACGGAUCACUUCAAGAUCAUCAUGGCCCGUGUCUUCUUUUUCAUCAUUGUCCUCGUCUUAGCCAGCCACAGCGACGCGUUUCUAAGCCGACUUAUAGACCGAGUUCAGAAAAAUUGGAUGACCUCUUGGGAACGGAUGAGGGACCAGCAGGUUCGACCAAGACUCUUCGCUCAGUUGAAUUUGAGUGGAAGUCCUACACUCGUGCAGGCGCUGGAAAGCGAUGUAGGAAAAGUAGACCUUGCUGUGAGUUUGUUUAACUCAACUUCGCAAGAAAUCGGUCUUCUUCGUAUUGAGAAUAUCGCCGAUUGGCUUCAACACCGGGGGGCGGUAUCGAGCAACAUGAUCGGUCGGGAAAUGGGGUGGCCGAACGCUGUUGGAAGAGUUGAAAACGACCUGAUGCCGGACAGCGAAACAACAUAUUGGUGGAUGACGUCAACAUUCUACCCCCCACAAGGCACCGAAGGUCAAAUCGUCCUCUUGCCAGUUAUCUACAACCAAACGUCCCCUCCAACGCCGAUGUUCGUAUCGGAGGAAACUAACAGAGGAGAUUGGUAUUACUCCAUGAUCGAUUGGGUCGACAUGAACCAGGACGGUUGGCCGGAUAUUGUGACGUCACGGUCACGUGGUAUGCCGGGUUCGAUCAAGUUUUCCGAGCUCAUAUGGUUGGAGAAUCCGGGAUAUAGAUCGAUAUGGUCAAGAGUUGGAAGAUGGCGUUCACAUCCCAUUACAAACGGUCCUGACGUUUCUUUCCGUAUUUUACGAAUUCCUCUUCCGUCUGGCAGCAGUCGGUUGGUGAUUAUUGGAGCGGGUUACUGGGACAAUAAGUUAUACGCUGUAUGGUCUGACGAUCCAGCUGAAAAUUGGGCAAAUGUAGAUUCGAUUAAUGAACGAGUGAUUGACAACCACGGUUGGUUCUUCGAUCUUCAAAUUGCUGACAUCAAUGCUGAUGGGAGGGAUGACGUCAUAGUGUCAACAUGGGUGCAUGGAUUACAACAAGGAUCUGUUAUCGUAUAUGAGAUACCUUGUGACUUUAUAAGAGAUAAAUGGAGAAGACAUACCUUGGUGGAUGGUGCUGUAGAGAUUCCUCUCCCUGAUCUUGGAUCUGGAGGAAAAAUCAACAUCUUUCAUCCAGUGUUGAGAUAUAGCUCGGUGUCUGCAAGGAAAAAGAAACCAUUUAUUAUUGUAUCUGGUGACGACGAUGGAAGAGUUUAUGUUCUUAUUCCGAACUCUAAGAAAACAAACAACUGGGAAUACAGUAGUCACUCAAUUUAUAAAGCAGCUGGACCGGUAGGGGCGCUAACCAUCGAUGAUUUAAAUCAUGACGGAUACGCGGAGAUUGUAAUUCCGGUCGUCGAGUCAAACAAACUGGUUUUCUUCACCUACGACCCAGCCGCUAUUGGACCACAUUACUUUGUGGACGAGACAAGACCCGGAAUGAUAUAAAUAAAUUAAAUUUCAAGAACAAAUACCGGAUUUCUAAUUUUAAUAUUUACACGAUUUGAUAAUUUUUUAUAAUCCGGAUGUUUAGUAGGGUGUGGGAAGAUGGGACCUUUAUGUUUUAUCGUCUCAUUUGGUAGUUAACAAAGUACAUUCAAAAAAUUAUAAAAAUUUUGUUCUUAUUACGAAUCCCAUAGAACGUUGUUAAUUGUUUAAAGUACAAUCAGGAUAUUUGUAUAUUUUGUACCACAGGUGUCCCGUCUCCCAGCCCCCACCCUGCUAUAUUACAAACAGUAUGAAAGAUAUGAAAUUCUAUUUUAUUAAAUGCCGUUGUCAGUGUUGCAGUCUUUUACGAAAAAUUGUUUAACUUUUCUACAGGAAAAUCAUUAUUUUCUUCAAUUAAAAGUUAUAUAGUU